GAAAACUGUAGAUACAUAUAUGUGUAUAUACACCCAAAUAACUAAAAAUUAAAAAAAUUAGAAAUUAGGACUAUUUAUUUUUCUUUCAUAUAUAGCCAAAGAAUGAUGUCUUUCUGUGUAAACUGCUUACUCUCUAGGUACUUGAUCAAAUGUCUUUAUUUUAAGAGAUCAGAAUAAACCAAAGUUUGGAUCCUUUUAUAGUUUUCUUUCACCUUUUGUUUUUUCUCUUGUUGGAGUUUUCUUCUUGAUAUAGCUAUAACCAUAUAGCCAUGGAUAUGUUUUCCUCUCGAAACUGGUCCUAUAAACUAAGCUCUUUGUCUGCUCAAGCAAGUGCUUCUUCUGAUAAUACACUCAGUACCAUCCAAGAUUUUAAUGGCUUGAACAAUGUAAUUUCUAGUCGUCUUUGUACACACACAGAGACUCAAAAGACUAAGAAAAGAAGAGGCGUUCCUGGAAAUCCUGAUCCAGAUGCGGAGGUAAUUGCAUUAUCACCAAAGGCACUUCUUGCAACAAACAGAUUCGUCUGUGAGAUAUGCAACAAAGGGUUUCAAAGGGAUCAGAAUCUACAGCUUCACAGGAGAGGCCACAAUCUUCCAUGGAAGCUGAAGCAGAAGAACAGCAAAGAACAGCAGAAGAAGAAAGUCUAUGUGUGCCCAGAGACAAACUGUGUUCAUCAUCACCCAUCUAGGGCUCUUGGUGAUCUCACAGGGAUCAAGAAACACUUUUGCAGGAAACAUGGGGAGAAGAAAUGGAAAUGUGAAAAGUGUUCAAAGUUCUACGCUGUUCAAUCUGAUUGGAAAGCUCACACUAAGGUCUGUGGUACAAGAGAGUAUAGAUGUGACUGUGGCACUCUCUUCUCGAGGAAAGACAGUUUCAUAACGCAUAGAGCGUUCUGUGAUGCAUUAGCAGAAGAAAGUGCAAGAAUCAUCUCGUCUUCUUCCUCCAAUCUCACAAAGCCUAACCCUAAUUUUCAAGAUCGUCACUUUAUGGUCAAUAAAUCACCUUCUUCCUUGCUCUUCACGUCACCUCCUUACGCUGACCCACCACAUUCCGCCGCUGUCGUUUCUUCCUCUUCGACGGCAGCUCUUUCCGCGACAGCUCUCCUCCAAAAAGCGACUGCUCUUAGCUCCGGCACUUUCAGCGGCGGAGGACAAACGCGAUCAAUUGGUCAUCACAGACAUUUGACGACAGCCAACGAGCUUCUUGGUGUUGACCCAGUCAUGAUGACGUCACCUUCUUCGUCUGAGUACGACCAGCUAGUUGUUGAUGGGUUAACGUCCACGUGGCAGAAAGCUGACCGUUUGACCAGGGACUUUCUUGGACUCACGGGUCAUGGAGUGCACGUUAGCGUCAGACCCGGUGAUAUGCUAGGCUACGCAGGUGGAGUGGCGUUUCCUAUGUCGGCGUACGAUACCCAGUCUCAUCAUAAUCACGAGUCGUCGUUUCAGAAGGCUUAUGAUCUGGGAUUCUCCGGGCCCCACCAUAUGUGAAAGGGUAAAACUGGAAUCUACUUCCAUUAUUUUGUUGCUCUUUAAUGACUCAAAUACCCUUGGGAACAAGAACGCAAAGAGCAUUGGAACAUUUCUUUUUUAGGGAUUUAAUCUAAUUUCUCUAGUUUACGUUGGAUUUUCUUGUAAAAAGUAUUGGUACAAGUAAAACAUUUAGAAUUUCCCUUUUUAAAACUACGACCGUUAAUCAAAAGGGUGUUCUUUCUA